CCCGGCUCUGCCCCUCCGCAUCGGGCGCGGCCGCAGCUCCGUGCGCCCCGGCGGAGGGGGUGGUUGGGUGGGUUUGGGGUGGGUGUGGGUUGGUUGGUUGGGGGGGGGGGGCGAUGCCCGGCGGUUCUCUGCGCCGCAUCCCGCCGGCAGCGCAUCCCCUCCGGCCGGGGCGGGGGAGAGGGGGGGUUACGGCCGCCGGUAAACAACGGCGGAGGACGCGGUGAGAGCGGAGAGGCGGCGGCGGCGGAUCGGGCUCCUUUCGUUCCUCCUCCUCCUCUCGCUCGGAGCGCCGCGCGGCCGUCGGAGGAUGCUCAGAGCUGAGCGCGGCCCGCAGCGCUCCUCCCGCCCGGCCCCGCGGUACGGUCCGGGUGAACCCCAACCGGCAGCGCCCCCCCACCCCCGCUAUGACCCCCCCACGGCCGGAGAUCGAGGAGGAGGAGGAGGAGGAGGGGACCCCCAACGCGGGGCUCUGAGCGCGUUCCGCGGUGCGAUGCGCGGACGGCGCUGAGGAUCCGCACCGACCCACCGACCCUCCGCGUCCCCGCGCGGCGUCGGAACCCCCCCCGGCAGACGGAGGGCCGUCCCGGUCCCGGCGUUCUCCCGUUCUUUGGGUCGCUCUUUCCCAUCCCGGUUCCGGUCCGCCAUGCCGUCCCGCAGCGAUUCCAGCCGUUCGUUGACCUCCCGCCCGUCCCGCAGCCUCACCCGGCUCCGGAGGCGCAGGACGUGGCUGCAGGUCCUGCUGGUGCUCGGAUUCCUCCAAGUCAUCCUGGGCGUCCUCGUCGUCACCUUCAGCCUGGUGGCCGCCACCAUCACCGCGUCCUCCAAGAUCCGCCACUCGUGCCCGUCCUGGGCCGGCUUCUCGCUCGCUCUAUCCGGGCUCAUUGGCAUCGUCUCCUGGAAGCGGCCCUUCAGUCUGCUGAUCACCUUCUUCACGCUGCUGUCGGUGCUGGGCGUUAUGCUGAGCCUGGCCGGCUCCAUCCUCUCCUGCCAGCACGCUCAGCUCGUCCGCUCGCUGGAGGUCUGCGAGAGGGAGAAGAAUUCAUGCAUCUGCUGCCAGAGCCGCCCGGAGCCGCCGCCGCCGUCCUGCAUCCCGCAGGGGGAGACCCUCACCAUGUACCCCAACCCCGACUGCCGCAGCGUCCGCCUGGCCCUCAAGGAUCUCCUCUUCAGUGUCUGCGGUCUGACCGUCCUCUCCACCGUCGUCUGCGCUCUGUCGGUUGGCGUCUGCUGCGUCCGCAUCUUCUCGCUGGACGUCACUCACGUGUUGGUCCCGCAGCGCUCUGAUUCCAUCACGUUGGGCUGCGCGUCGCCGCCGGAGCCGUUCGUGCACAGCGGGUUGGACCUGGAGGAGUUCGUCCCCCCGGUGCCCCCACCCCCCUAUUACCCCCCCGAGUACACCUGCAGCUCCGAGACCGACGCGCAGAGCAUCACCUACAACGGCUCCAUGGACAGCCCCGUGCCGCUGUACCCCACCGACUUCCCCCCAUCCUAUGAGACCGUCAUGGGGCUGCGGGGUGACAGCCAGGCCACGCUCUUCGACUCACAGCUGACCGAGGGCUCACACGGCUGCAUGUGUGACCGCGUCCCCUCCAUCGUGCUGAGCGGGGAAGCCUCCACGGACAGCGGAUCGCUGCUCACGUCGGAGCUCCCGGCCGACAGCAGCAGCCCGUCGGAGGAUUCGUGCCUGCUGGAGCCGCCGGGCUCGGCGCGCUCCGUGGAUUACGUCCUCUUCCGCUCCAUCCAACGCAGCCGCGCCGAUUACUGCCUGAGCGUGGACUGCGUGCGCUGCAGCCACCACGGGAGGGGGCCGAGGGGUCCCUUCGAGGACCCCCCCCCGAACCGCGCCCGCGGCGAGCGCUCCUUCUCGUGCUCCACCGCCGAGCCGCGCGGAGACGGAGCGCUGCCGGGGGGGGCGGUGACCCACAGCUGUAACCGCCUGGAGGGGUUGGCGAGGGGCGGGGGGGGGCCGUGCCUGCCCGAGGUGCGGCUCAGAGGGGGUCGCGCGGGGGGGGGGGGGACGGGCGCGGGACGCCCCUUCCAACCGCGGAGGAACAGCGAAGCUUCGUGCCCCCCAUCCCCCGCCCCGGCGUUGGGUCCGCGGCCGCUGCUGGCGAUCGCCACAGUGAUCCCGGAGCUGCGCUGCUCAGAGAUAACGAUUUCAGGGAUGUUCUUUAUACCAAAGCAAUGGAGGACGCCGUGUCCACUUCCUCUGCGGAUACAGCGCCGUACUCCGAGCUCUGCCCUCUGCACCGCCCGCCCCGCGACCCCCCCCGCUCUGCUCCGCGCCGCUUCGGUGGGGAAAAGCAAAGCGCUGCCCCCCCCCAAGAAGACCCCCGCCCGCUCUUUGGGGGACCUGAAGGUGUGCCGGGGUUUGGUGGCCCGAUUCCUGCACCGCCCCAAGCACGGCGUGCACGGCCACAAGCAGGCUCCGGGGGGGGCACAGGAGGGGAUCCAUCUGCGGAGCUGCGGGGAUUUGAGCUCCACGUCGUCCCUCCGCCGCCUCCUUUCCGCCCGGCGCCGUCCGCGGAGCCUCAGCGGGAGCUGCAAAGAGAGCGCGCUGUGAUGGGGGGGCGUCGAUGGGGGAUGGGGGGGGGGCGUCGAUGGGGGAUGGGGGGGGGCGUCGAUGGGGGAUGGGGGGCGGGGGGGCAGCGGGGCUGCGUGGGCCGUUCCCGUAUCCCCCGCCCCGACCCCACGCUGGGUGUCCGCCGGCCCCGUUCUGCCCGUACCCCAUCCCCGCAGCGGC